UGGGCGGGGCUAAGUAAGUGACAGCGUACAGAAAACUUUGUUAGCUGCCUGCUAACUUUGCUGCACCGACUGUUUUUGCGAUGUUACCGGCUUGAAGCAGCACAAAUCGCCGAAAAGAUGGCGUGCGAAGGAGGGAAUGAUGGAGACUUGUGCAAUUGGAGCAGUUUAGAGGUUCUGGUGAACAGCAAGAAUGAAUUUGGAGCACGAGUGCAACAGUUUUUGGAGGAGAGGAUGCAGACCACCAUGCUCACAGGUGUGCUUAUUGGAGCUGCAGUCGCCGUCUCACUUAUUGGGAUUGUGGUGCUCUUUCUUUAUAGGAGAUUCAAGCUUGCUCGUGAACACCAGCCCGGUGUACCUCACUACCGCUUCAGAAAACGAGAUAAAGUGCUCUUCUAUGGAAGGAAGAUAAUGCGAAAGGUCCAGACGCUGUCCGCGAUUCCUCCCCCCAACUCUACCUCAGUAUCAAAGCAACCGCAGCGCAUUCGCAAAAGAACCAAAGUUCUAAGCAUAGCUCGCAAAAUCCUGAGAAUCCGUAAAGAUCCUCCCACCCUGCAGCCCAAGGAACCUCCUCCCUCCCUGCUGGAGGCUGACCUAACAGAGUUUGAUGUGCAGAGCUCAAACCUGCCCUCUGAGGUCCUCUACAUGCUGAAGAAUGUCAGGGUCUUGGGUCACUUUGAGAAGCCUCUGUUCCUAGAGCUGUGCCGACACAUGGUGUUUAUCGAGCUGCAGGAGGGUGAAGGUCUGUUCAGGCCUGGAGAUGAUGACGAUAGCAUCUACGUGGUCCAGGAUGGACGACUUGAGCUCUGCAUCCAGGAGAAUGAUGGUACAGAACCAGUGGUGAAGGACGUGCACCCAGGUGACAGCGUCCACAGCCUGCUUAGUAUUCUGGACAUUAUCACUGGUUACCCAGCGCCAUACAAGACGGUAUUGGCACGGGCUGCAACUCGCUCCACCAUCUUGCGUUUACCUGCAUCGGCCUUUGAGUCUGUGUUUAAGAAAUACCCAGAGACGCUGGUUCGCGUCAUUCAGAUAAUCAUGGUGCGCCUCCAAAGAGUCACCUUCCUGGCAUUACAUAACUAUCUGGGUCUAACAACUGAGCUCUUCAAUCCGGAGAGUCAGGUGGUGCCCUUGUCCAAUAUAAACAGUGUGAUGGCAGAGACGAAUUCUGCGAAGACGACUCGCCGUUUGCAUUUCCAGGACGAGUUACCCGCUGGGCCCACGGAGAGUCCCACUGAGACAGAUGGUGCGAAGGAUAGCCCUUCAAGCAGCUACAGGAAGCAGCGAUCCAUCUCGAUGCCCACCGACUGUGCAGGUAAUGACCUGAACAUGGCUUGUGAACGAGCUCGAGUCACGAUAGAUGAGGCUCCAUCCAGUCCCGUUACUCACAAAUCCAGUCUGAAGAAGAGUGUGACUAUGCAGCACACACCGUCUGAAGUGUUUCACUACACAGACAGCGGGGGGCACUCUGAUGCCAUCUACCUCAGUAAGAGCAGCACAAUCUUCCAGGCUGCUAAGAAGGACCUGCUUGGAAUCAUCCAGCUGCAGGACCCCACUCUACUCGAAGGCAGAGUGACCCUCCAUCAAGUCAAGGCUGGUUCUGUGGUGGCUCGACAGGGAGACCAGGAGGUGAGCAUCCAGUUCGUGAUUUCUGGCCUCCUCCAUGUUUACCAGCGGAUGAUUGACCGUGAAGAGGAGACACGUCUGUUUGUGACACACCCUGGAGAGCUUGUCGGUCAACUUGCCGUCUUGACCGGAGAGCCCCUCAUAUUCACAGUUCGAGCCCAGCGAGACUGCAGCUUCCUCUCCAUUUCCAAAACCCACUUCUAUGAGAUAAUGCGUGUGGAGCCAAAGGUCGUGCUGAAUGUGGCUCACACUGUGGUGAGGAGGAUGUCGUCUUUUGUCCGACAGAUAGACUUUGCUCUCGACUGGAUGGCCGUGGAAGCUGGCAGGGCUGUUUACAGGCAGGGAGAGAAAUCAGACAGUACUUUCAUAGUGCUGAGUGGUCGACUGCGUUCUGUAAUCAUGAAGGAGGAUGGCAAGAAGGAGCUGAUAGGAGAGUACGGACGCGGCGACCUGAUUGGAGUGGUGGAGGCCCUGACCCAUCAGAACAGAGCCACCACAGUGCACGCUGUACGAGACUCUGAGCUGGCCAAGCUACCAGAGGGAGCUCUCAGCUCCAUCAAGAGGAAGUUCCCACAGGUUGUCACCAGGUUGAUCCACCUACUAGGACAGAAGAUCCUCCAGCAGGUCAACGGUCCUCUGACAGCUCGUAGUUUGGCCCUCCAUACACCUGGCAGUAAGUGGGAUGUGGGAAACCCAGCCUCCAACCUCUCCACUGUGACAGUCCUACCUGUAUCGGAAGAGGUACCUCUCACUGCCUUUACGCUGGAGCUGCAGCAUGCACUCAUUGCAAUAGGCCCCACUCUUCUGCUGACCAGUGAUGUUAUCAAACAGCGACUUGGAGCUGCAGCACUAGACAGUGUCCACGAGUACCGUCUGUCCAGCUGGCUGGGCCAGCAGGAAGACAUCCAUCGCAUAGUUCUUUACCAGACGGACUACACACUGACCCCAUGGACACAGCGGUGCAUCCGCCAGGCUGACUGCAUUAUUAUCGUGGGACUAGGAGAGCAGGACCCUGCCGUUGGGGAGCUGGAGCGUAUGUUGGAAGGAAGUGCAGUGCGUGCCCAGAAGCAGCUGGUGCUGUUGCACAGAGAAGACGGCCCCCCGCCCAAAGGAACCGUGGACUGGCUCAACAUGCGAAGCUGGAUCUCCCGACACCUCCACCUCUCCUGUCCCCGAAGGGUCUUCUCCAAGAGGAGCCUGCCCAAGCUGUUGGAGUUGUAUCAACGUGUUUUUGAGAAGCCAGCAGACCGCCACUCAGACUUCUCCCGCCUGGCUCGAGUCCUCACGGGCAAUGCUAUUGCCAUUAUCCUAGGGGGAGGAGGGGCUAGGGGCUGUUCCCAGGUGGGGGUAAUGCGAGCCAUCUGUGAGUCCGGCAUUCCAGUGGACCUCAUUGGUGGCACCUCUAUCGGUUCCCUGAUGGGGGCACUUUAUGCUGAGGACCGUAGCUACAGCCGCAUGAGGAUGAGGGCCAAAGAAUGGGCAAUGGAAAUGACUUCAGUGUUCAAAAAGGUUCUGGAUUUGACGUACCCUGUCACCUCCAUGUUCUCCGGGGCUGCCUUCAACUCCAGCAUCAGCAAUGUCUUCAAGAGCAAGCAGAUUGAAGACCUUUGGAUACCAUAUUUCAAUAUCACUACUGACAUCACUGCCUCGGCCAUGAGAGUACACACUGAUGGUUCUUUGUGGCGGUAUGUCCGAGCCAGCAUGUCUCUAUCUGGGUAUCUGCCUCCUCUCUGUGACCCCAAAGAUGGACACCUGCUGAUGGACGGAGGCUACAUCAACAACCUGCCAGCUGAUGUGGCGCGCUCCAUGGGGGCCAAAGUGGUGAUAGCUAUUGACGUGGGCAGCCGGGAUGAAACCAACCUCACUAAUUAUGGCGACUCCCUCUCAGGCUGGUGGCUGCUAUGGAAACGCUUCAACCCCCUAGCGGAGAAAGUAAAGGUGUUGAACAUGGCAGAGAUUCAAACUCGACUGGCCUAUGUAUGCUGUGUCAGGCAGCUGGAGUCUGUGAAGAACAGUGACUACUGUGAGUACAUCAGACCUCCAAUCGACAGAUACCGGACUCUGGAGUUUGGCAAGUUUGAUGAAAUUGCUGAGGUGGGAUACCAGCACGGAAAGACUGUUUUUGACGUGUGGGGUCGCAGUGGAGUGGUGGAGAAAAUGUUGAAAGACAGACACCAGGAGGACUUCCACAACACCCAAAGCAAGAACAAUGUGGUAACGUGUCCCAAUGCCUCCUUCACUGACCUGGCAGAAAUUGUAUCCCGCAUUGAGCCCGUCAAACCUCCUCUGGUGGAUGAGGAGUCAGACUACCACACUGACUAUGAAGAGGAGGCAUUGGAGAGCGCUCUAUCUGACAUGGAGCUAUACAAUCGCUAUGGAGAGCACACUGAAGGGGAGGAGACUGGUGACACGGAUGAAGAGCUGGAAGGAAGACAAGCAAGCCAUAUUACCUCACUCACCAGCAGCCACCCUCAGUCCCCCAACAUCUCCGACUGCCCAACGGACAUGCUGCCAAGCCACGGAGACCCGUCCAAACAGUCCAUUAAGUGAUGACAGGUCUAAUGAACUCUGCCCCAAACAGGUCAUCACAAUUUAACCUGCCUGUCUUUACCCUCCAGCCUGUCCCACAUGAAUCUGUUUGCCCCUGAGACUGUCAGCAUGACUGUGAUUACCAUUUUGCCCUCUGUAACCUGGCCUCUUUAGCUGUGUGGCUGACAUUACAAAUGGACGGUCCCUUUAGGAAAAAAAAAAAAAAAAAAGACGGAAUACAGGCAGCUUGCAACACAUUUACAAAGUUGCAAAUCCUAUGCAUUCCUAUUACACAAGAGCAGCUGUAAGUCCAAUCGUUUCUCAUAUUGAGAUCGUCAAGAUUAGUUUCUGUUUCUCUACAUGAAUCACACCAAUCCAGUGGAAGAUAGAAGGUAGGGAAGGUGAGGAGAUAGUAUUUCCAUGAAAUAUUUUUUACAUGAACCCAGGUGAAAAUGAUAAAUCUAAGUUGAUUGCGCUUAAAACACAGAUUUGAGGACUUUCAACCAGAUUUGAGAUAGUUAAAGAGUCAGUUCACCUAAAUUACAAAAUAGCCUUUUUUUUAAUUAUUAUCUCUACACACAUAGUUAUAUGAUUUGUUUUUGACAUGCCCAUCUCUGAGAUUUCUGCCACACACAGCAUUAAAGGAUUACAUGAAACAAUCCAAAGAUGAUUAAAGGGAUAAGAGAGAGGGGAAAAAAAAAAAGUUGCACAAAACAAUGUUUAUUUUUCUGUCCUUUUCUUUUCAAAAUACUUAAAAUGAAAACAGCCCAAUAAGGCAAAGCCUCUCUGGUUGACCUGCUCACAGCUCCUUUCUGCGGUGAUGUCAUAACCUUUGAUGAGGGGUCACAAGUAGACCUGACUUUAUUUUAAGAGCCAAAUAAUAAACAGGCACACACUGUCGACAGUUUUCAUUGGGACUCAAGUAGAUACAGUGCAGACAGUUGACCGUGAGGUUGUCCUGUAUAUCUGUGACACUCUUUCUGAUGACCGAUAUGCUCAAUUAUUUUAAUGCAGUUCUUUUUUUAAUGGUGUGAGCAAGACAAACAAAGUUAACCUCACUAUAAUUUGAAGCGGCAGAAAUCUCAGGCACGGAUGUUUUAAGACCUAAACUAUGUACAUGGCUUGAUACAACUAGAAUAAAGAAAAAUACACCUUUUGUUGCUGAGCUGAGCUAAUUACAGCGAACAAUUAUUCAUGUGGGUCAUGGGCAUGAGAGUAUGUAUUGUUGUAUUAAAAUCAGACCCUACCCUCGAAUGUUUUGCACACUCAGUCUAUGUAAUGAUCCUCACUAACACAAGACUAAUUUAAAACCAGAAAGAGAGCAAAACAAGCAGCACUCUCUGUGGCCAUGGCUGUCAGCACAGUUUUGUUGUACCCUGUGUGCCAGGGACAUGGAGGGAAGUAAUGAUUGCAAUCCACUUCAAAGCACUACUCUCCCUCUCAGCUGACGAGACGGCCUCCACCCCCAUCUGUUUUUUGGCUUGAAUCUGUCACACGCAGACUGAGCAGCAGACAGCGUGGAUCUGUCUGUCGGGUGAUCUCGGAAGCGCCGCUCGUCCCAGUACGUUGAUGCACAGGGGCUAUUUGCAGCAGCAGGGCAGUACUUCACAGGAACAUGUUGUAACACAAGUUAUUUGGCCUGUCGAAACAAGUUUUUUUUUUUUUUCCCUCUUGUUAUUUGGAUCUAAUUUUUCUUCUGGACUGCAAGCACAAAAAAACUGGUCUUGUAGCCUGCCAUUAAUAGGAUCAGGUUUCUGUUGUAUACCGUACGUGCAUUAUAGUCAAAGUUAACAAUUAUAUAUUUUCAUAUGUAAUCCAAGAAUGUGCACAACCUAAGGCCUAGAAGUCACAGCAGCUGGAGAAUCAUUCCAGACAUGCAAUGCACGACUAAACUGACAAAUACAUACAUUUUUACAGAGCCUUGUUUAACAUGCCUUUCUGUAUGACACUAUACAAUUUCUAUAGUUAAACUAAUCUCAAUCACAACUAGGGCUGUAACACUAACGAUUAAUUUCAUUAUCGAUUCAUUUCAUGAUUCCAUUUUUUAAUUAACAGAUUAAUGUUUUGGUGUAUAAAAAGUGUGUAUUGAAAAGUGUUCAAAGUUUGAAAUGUGUUGCUAGCCCAAGGUGACAAUUGUACUUUUUGUCUGACCAACAGUCCAAAGCCCAAAGAUAUUCAGUUUAAUAUAAAGUAAUUCCAGGAAAAUAAACGAAUCCAUUUGAGAGGCUGGAACCACACCAUCAAAUGUGCUUGAUGAACGACUUAAACAAUUAACUGAUUAUCAAAGCAGUUGGUGAUUAGUUUUCUGCUGUUUUGACUAAUUGCUUCAGCUCUAAUCGCAGCAUUACCAGAGGCCUAAUAAUACUGCAUAACAAACAUCCUUUAGAUUUGUUUGUUUUUUUAAAGCAUUGUGACCGAUAUGUACUGAGGGGGCAUUUUUCAUAUAUAAAAAAUUUAUUAUUAUUAUUAUUAUAUUAUUAUUAAAAAAUUUCAAUAAAGUUGUUACUUAUCGGCCGAUGUUAAAAUACCAACAUACCUGCAAUAAGCUAAUAUCAUCCGUCCAAUUAUCAGUCAGACUCUUGUCAUUAGAAUACCAAUGCAACGUUUUACUAUGACGAUUUUCUUUCUUCUUGAUAUAGCACCUUGUGAGCCUCCCUGUGCGAAGCUAGGAUCUUAGAUAACACUGGUGCCACAGUCCCUGCAGCCUUACAUUGUAGACAGUUGGAGAAACCUUGUGAUAAACACUAUGUGGAGUCUGGACACAGAAUGUGUGAGCAAGGCGGACAUAGGAAAGCAUUUUGUGUUUACCAAUGAGCUAAUGGUGUUUGCACUGGGUUUUUUUUUUUUUCUCUUUUCCUUUGGGUGGUUUCCAAAAACCGAGCACAAUGAAUUGAUGUUGUCUGGCAGAAUGAAUGUUUCUACUUUAUUAAAUGGGACAUGGUAAUGGAUGAAAUGCUUAUGUAAUGGAUGGAACUUUGCCAUAAAAUUAAUGUAACAAAGCCUUAGAUGACCGAUAUGAAAAAACAACCACUAGUGCCCUCAUUUGAUGUGCAUUUUUGAUAGUUAGAGUAAAACAGUGAAUUGAGUUUACCAAUAAGCCUGUACUGUAUGACAACAGUUACUUCUCUAUAUUUAUGUUAUUGGAUAAAUAUUGUUUUUUCAUAAUCAAUUGUUACUAAUAAACCACUGUUUGUGUAUA